CGCAACGUCACUGUGACGUAACGCAAAGAAACAUCUUGGACUCGUGUUUCGACGUCACGAGCACCACGGCGCCUUGAAACAUCGCAGUUACACUCUGCAGACACCAACGACAAGAGCGCUGUCCGACUGCCCCGCACUGUCGUGUAGUUUGCGGAAAUUUCUAGGAAGAAACGCAGUGCGAAACAACAGCACAACACGCAGAGGGUUCGAAAGGCGGAUUGUGUCCACGGACGCGUCACGUGGGAGCUAACCCGACAGGUGCACCGCGGCUUCGGGACUGUUCGCCUCAACCAGUCAUCCCAGGUGGUCGGUGGUCCUCGCCUACAGGGAAAGAUAGCCUCGCUUUUGGUCGCGGAGCUUCUACAACAAGCCGUCCGCCUUCCCCUUCACCAAGCGCCGUCGCCAAUAUGGCAUCGGGCUCGUCGGACCAGUCCAACGUCCUCCAAGAGGAGCUGACCUGCCCCGUGUGCUUGGACGUCUUCCACGACCCGCGCCUGCUUCCAUGCGGCCACAACUUUUGUAAAAUAUGCCUGGAUCGGCUGCGGCGGUUAACGGAUCAGAGCCGCUUCCAAUGCCCGGAGUGCCGCGACAGCCACCGCUGCAACAGGAGCUUUCAGAAGAACUUCAAGCUGGCCAACAUAGCUUUUGAUUUCCGUCGCCGCCGAAGAGCGGCCUCUGCCGCAGCCAAUGCGUCAUCGCAGGCUUUUAAAGAUUGUGUCGCAGCCAUCCCCACUGGCCAGCGAGACUGCGUCCCGUGUGACUACUGCCCUCCUCCCGCCACAGAGUCGUCAGGCGCCGGCGCCUCUGCAGACGCUGGCGGCUCUCAAGAAAAAGGAGACAUGCAGGCGGGUGCCACCGCCUCCAACAUGGCAGUCAAAAUGUGCCUCAAGUGUGAGGUGUCCAUGUGUCCGGAGCACGUGAAACCGCAUCUGGAGCUGCCGGCGUUUCGAGAGCAUCCGCUGACAGAACCCAUUAGGGACUUCUGGAAGAGAAAAUGCCCUGACCAUGAUGAGAUUUUCAAGUACUACUGCCUCCAUGAUGAAGUGUGCGUGUGCAACGCGUGCACCAUUGAAGGACGUCAUGCGGGACACACAAUCAAGACCCUGAAGAACACCAUGGUAGACAUCAAGCAGGAGGUUUUACACAAGCAGCUUAACAAGACCCAGAAGAAGUACGCCAUUGCCAAGAGAACGUAUCACGAGCAGACCGAGAGGGAGAAACAGAACAAGAAAUUCAUGGAGGACUCAGAGGCCUGCUUGACCAGGCUACGUCAGGAUCUGGAGGAGAAAGUGUCUGCCUUUGUGAGCCGACUGAUGGAGUGCGUGCGCACCAACUGCGAAACCAAUGGGCCCACCAUCCAGAAGAACAUCACCCGCAUCUGCCAGGACCUGACGCGUCUCCGCGAGGUGCGUUGCGGCAUCGAAGGCCUCAUGGAGGAAAGCGAUCCGUUCCGCUUCAUUGAGGCCUACAAGACCACAGGAAAACAAUGUCAUAAAUUGCUGAAGAAGAACAUGUUCCACCCUGAAUACGUGGACAUAGAUCCAGCGCUUCUGGGCAUCAUGAUGGAGGAAGAAAUGCAAAAGUUCCUCAACCUGGAUCUUACCUUUUACAUCUUUGCUGCCAUCAACUUGAUAUGUCAACACAAUGAUAACGAGGAGGAGCAGGGUGAAAAUGAGGACAUGGCCAGGCAGACGGACCAAGACGGCAAAGCUGAUGACGGCAACGACCUUGAUGAGGGCAGCGAGGAAGAGAUGAGCGGGGAGGAGGAGGAGGAGGAGGACGACGAUGAGGAGGAGGAAGAGGAAGAGGAAGGGCAGGAGAAUGAAGGUCAUGAACUGAGUGAUUCGGAUGAACUUUACAUUCCCGAAGAAGAAGAGGAGGAGGAAGAGUCAGAAGAGGGGGUAGAGGAAGCUCAGGAAGAGGACUAUGAAGACAUUGAUGAUGGGGAAGAGCUAGAUUAGCCACACAUACACACAUGCACGCACGCACACACAGCUGAAUGUAGAAUCCAAGGCUUGAACUCCACUCCAGUCUGUAAUUUUUCCUACCGUGUUGCUGAGUCUUUGCCUCAUUAAAAAAAAACAGUUAGAAAUGAAAAUCUCCCUAGUUGUGGUUUCACAUUAUCACAGUGUUUACGUGGCUCUUAUCCCCCCACAUUUCAAAAAACACGUUCGGUUAAUUGUAGACUAAAUUGAAUGUGACCGCUUGCUUGUCAAUAUCAGAACCGAUGAUGAACUGGCGAUCAGCCCAGGGCACACCCCGUCUCUUGGCUCUCGCCCAAAGCCAGCUGGAGACAGUGGAAUUUUUAUUGCAUCGCAUUAAUGCCUUCAUGCAUGUGAGUUAGCCAAAGAGUUAAAAAAUAUAUUUUGUGAGCAGAAAUGGAUGGUUUGCAUUGCGCUAACAAUUAAGAUGAACAACUGAAUGAUUGCGUCGUUUUAUUUCUUCCAGUGGUGCAAUGUUCACUUGAGCAAGAGAAUUUGCACUUUCAUAAUUGAAUGGAUUGCUAUGCUACGUUGGGCCUACAAAAUUUGAAUGUUGAAUCAAAGUAUGUUUUGAUACAGGUGAUUUUGUGCAAUUGUUAAUAAAAUAUUUUUUGAAAUGAAA